AUGCUGGGGACACUGCUGAUGCUAUGGCUUGCCAUCUUUGCGCACGAGGCGGAUUUGUUCUAUACUAAAUCUAUCGUGGCACUGCGAGAUCAACUAAGGCACCUCGAGGUUGCGCUUGAGCUUGUAAAGAAGCAUGCUGCCGCGCAGAAAACAGAGAUCCUACAACUACGACUGAACAAUACACAACUCAGAAUUGCGCAUGAAGUCAUGAAGAAGGACGUGGUCGCUCAGCAAGCACAGCUCGUACAGCUACAACUGGACAAUGAGCAGCUUAAAGUCCUUAUUAGCACCAUGACGCUUACUGAAAAGGACCAAGAAGACUAUGUACGGUAUACUGAGCAGAGGAUUGUCAAUCUGCGAAGCCAAAACGUCGGCUUGGCCAACAAGCUGAUGGCCUCGCGCCGUCAGAUAUUCAGAUCUGAGCAAGAGAGACGGGUCCCGAAAGGCUUGUCGCAGAGGAUUGCCGAUGUGAAGACGCUCGUGAACAAGAACAUCAACGCAAUAGAUGGCUCGACAAGAGCGUGA